AUGACGACCACCACUCAAAUAAGCAGUAUUCAUCAAGUACUACAAAAUGAUGACCCGGAGCUCUCUCCAGAUGUCAUGGGUCAAUUUCUUCAAUUGAAAACCUACAACCAUGGCGCAGCACUCUUCGAACUUCCCGAUGGCAUCUCUCGCGAAACUGUAGUCAAGGAAUUCAAGGACGCCGCUGCUAAGAUCGUGGAGAAGAUUCCAUGGCUUGCACAACGAGUGGUUCAUGAAGGAGUUCGACCAGGUCAUUCUGGAGUUUUCAGACUUGCGCCCUGGCCAGAAGACAGACCUUCGGAGGGUCUCGUCAGAGUGAAGUACUGCGAUCAUAUUUUGCCGAGCUACCAAGAACUCUUUGAAGCCAAAGCACCUGUUCAGAUGUUGCCAGGAGAUGUGAUCUGUUCGGUCCCCGGAUUUCCUGAAACAUAUGACGAAAGCAAAUACGGACCUGCUGCGGCCUGUAUUAUCCAGAUCAACUUCAUUCGCGGCGGUGCCAUUCUGACGUUUUCCAAUCAACACAAUGUAAUGGAUGGUACUGGGAUCUUUCAAGUGAUCAUGCUUUUUUCUCGCGUGUUGAGUGGAAAAGAUGUCCCCCGGCAGGCCAUUGAAGAAGGAAACAGAGAUCAAGGCACAGUCAUUCCUCUUUACAAGCCUGGAGAGCCGAUCAAAAACCACGAUUUUUUGAAAUUAAAACCACUGCCUCAACAAUCCUCCCCUAACGUCAUCGGGGCCAAAUGGGCACAAAUCAGAUUUCUCAAAGAGAAAAUCCCCGAAGUCAAGGCUCUAGCAAAAAGCGAAGCUGUCCCAUUUGUUUCUACGGGUGAUGCUGUUAGUGCUUUGUAUUGGAAGUGUCUAGCUCAAGCGCGGGUGGCCAAUGGACAGGACCCCAGCGCCGUUUCUAAGUUUUCGCGAACCAUCGACGCUCGUAGCGCAAUGGGCGUCUCGACUGCGUACAUGCACCAGAUGGUCUACUUUUCUCCUACAUGGUUCACGCAUCAAGAGCUGGUCGAUCUCCCUCUUUCGAGCAUCGCAACUCGUCUUCGCCAGAAUCUAAGCGAGGCAAACACCGAGCACUCGAUUCGUAGCUACGCGACUUAUGUCGCUGGCGUUCCCGACAAAGGAACUCUCUUUUAUACUGGUCCAUUCAAUCGCGCAACCGACAUUUCGUCCUCUUCUAUGGCUCAGGCUGCUCUUGUACUUCCCUUUGGGUCUCUUGGUGUUCCCAAGUACAUUCGUCGACCUAAUCUGGCACCAAUUCCGGGCACGCUUUACUUCUACCCACCAGAAGUCUCAGGGGACCUCAAUUUAUUGGUGUGCUUGAAUGAUUACGAGAUGAAAUCUCUGAUGAACAAUCCACUAUGGGGGCCAUAUACCGAAUUUAUUGGUUGA